AUGGUUUUGUAUUUUUGUUGUGGAAUACGUAAAGAUCAAUACAGAUCUCCCAGAUAUUACAUCCCCUCACCAGCAGUAACAGCACAAACUACUUCACCAGAAAUAGCAGAAGAAACACCAUCAGCAACAGCAGAAGCAACUCCUCCAGCAGUAGAACUAGUUCCUAUAGCAGCAGCACCAUCUCCCACACCAGCAGUAGUAGAACCAACUCCUUUACCAGUAAUAGCAGAAACAACUCCUCCACCAGCAGCAACUAAACCAACUUCACCAACAGCAGAAACAGUACCAGCUCCUCCUCCAUCACCUUCAAGAGUAGCAGAAAAGAAUAGACCAGUCACAGUGAGUAAAGUAUCAUCUUUGUCUCAGGAUGAAGUGAUACCAAAUGAUUUGGGAAAACAUGUUCCUAUAAAACUUAUGGACAGCGGGCAGGCCGCCGCACGUUGUCAACAGAACGUGCAGGCUGCUCCACUCCCAGCCAAGCCAAGCCAAGCAGAACCCAACCCGGGCAGGCUGUGGAAAACUUGCUUGCCUGCCCAUAUUACUGCUGAGCUGCGCUACGCAGCCGUUUAG